ACACACUUUGCUUUGCUUUGUCAAAGAUUAGCGAUCGAGCUUUGUCUUGAAAAUCUUUGAAAUUUGACAAAUAUGGCUUCCAAGGCGAUGAAGAAGAAAGAAUCUAAAGAAAGGGUUGCUUCCGCAGCUAGAACUAUACCAGAGUGAGUGAAGUUAAAUUUCAUUCAUAUCCAUAAUAAGGAAAUUCGCGCACAAACAGGCUUACUUGUAGACUGCAGACAACUAGCAGCCAUGAAGGAAAUUCGAUGGUGUCCAUUUUAUGUCGAUGAAAAACGAUUAUUUCCAAAUUGAUAAAUCGGCUGAUAUGCCGUAGAUAUUUUUAAGAAAUGAGGAAGUCUUAGUUGAGUGAAAAACCUUUGCACUAUCUGCGACAUGAUCCUCUGGCCAGCUCACUGAUCAGACAGUCAAAAUUGUUUAAGAGGCAGCUAAAAGUAUAGAGAUCCUUGAUAGCUUCUUAAGCUUUUAAAGUUCAUUAUGAGCUCUCAUUUUACUACAAUAGAUGAAAAACGCGAUGGCCUUAUUUAUUAUGUUUUGAUAACAUUUUAAAUUAAGGACGACAAAUUAUGCUCAAGUGUAGUUUGCUGCCAGCACUCCACCAUGCUUGAUCAUUGCAACAGAAAUUUAACCAGCGCUUCCAGUAAAGAUCGAACAGUUAUUUCUCAUCAAGGAGAAAGCACUCACAGGUUUAGUGUAUGGUAUCUUUCAUAAGUCUUUCAUGGAAUAUCAGACCAUACAAUAGUCUUUCAUCGUUUUGUGACGUUCUCUACUAAUUAUAGGUUGCGGUCGAGAUUCCCAUUUACUGAGUGGAUAAGGUAUAAAGUUCUCCAAGCGAGCCGGUUUCCAUAACAAUAAUCUAAAAUGAUAUUACACAAAAGGACCACAGUUUAUUUUUUAAUGACCCUAAGUGAAUUUGACACUUGUGUUCUGCCAAGAGAUGACAAUUUAGUGAUUGGGCUUGCAAACAAACGGUAACGUGAGUAUAAUGUGCAUUGGAGCUACGCUUUAAUCAACAAAAGUUAAUAUUUCACUCAAUCGCCAAAACCGCGGGUACGAUGUCCAAACAGGGAGCUUGGAAAGACCUCCGUCUUGCAACCGUGUCUUCCGCCAAAUUUAGGCAAGUUGCUUUAAUUUUCAGUUUGUAUCUAAUGAUGUAAAUUCUAAUACAGUUUCACGUGCGAAAGGUAAAUUCAUUUCGUGUUUAUUGAUGAAAAUAUUAUCUCUGGUUAUUUAGGUGGAUUAAUCCUUGAGUUUGGACCUUAAUUUGUGUGUUUAUAAGUAAUCUUUGUAAAGGUUACCCUAGGGCACUGAUAGCCUUGGUUUAAUUCCCUAAACCCUAUGAUAAGUUUUCAAAUUUCUAAUACAAUUAGAAAGAAGGGGAGAGAGACAGAGAAAAGAGUGUUAUUGUAUGCAAUAAUUUAUAUACAUGUCAAUAUUAACACCCUCUCCUUAACAUGCAACAUUAUGGUACAGAAAAUGUUACUACAAAUUUAAAACGAAACAUUCCAUCUGCCAGAUAUUAUUAACAUACUGAAAAAUAUCUAUUUGACAGGCCUGCUUGCACCAGGCUUUGAAUUCCUGAUGGAAUUAUAUAAAAUAUUUGCUUGAAAUAUUUCAAUUUAGCUUUCAUGUCAAAACUGACAGCUAAUUUAUUUCCACGAGCUAUCUUGCUUUCUGAGAAUACAAUGGAUUAGUCAUAUCAAUGCCAGUAUUGUUUACCCUAGGAUUAGUUGCAAUGCAGAGCAGAAACAAUAAUUUUUAUGUAAAUAUGUGUACCUGAGCUAGUAUAAUUUUCAUAAGUUUCAAAAAUUAAAUUUAAGCCAUAUACAUGUAUACAAAUACCAGCCACCUUUUCAGUGUAUUGCCCCGAAAAUAGAGGCCACAAGGUCAGAUACAUGAAGAUGACUCAAAUACCUGUGCUAUAGAAAUUUCUAGUGUUGCUCAUAUCAAGGAAGUGAAUUUACCAUAUUUGUUAUUGUGCGGUCACCCGUAGUAUCUUUUAUUCAGUAUUAUUUAAUGACAAAAUUCAAAAAGGAAGAAAUUAGUAGAACAACCAGAUGCAUGGAAAACAUGAUCUAUUUACAUGUUGUAUUUAUUAUUGUUAUUUACUGACUAUUUAUUUUUUGGACAAGUUGACAAGUCAAUUUUGGUAUAUUGUUUUCAAUAACACUCCUGCAGUCAAUGUGUGUGCAAAAUAAGACUAAUUCAUAAUAUAGUUGAUAUACAGCUGUACCUCUCAUAAAACAGAUAAAACUUCCAAAAUAUGUGAAAAGAAUAAUAGUCAUAUAUAGAGCCCUUGUAAAAUUACUACCGAAGUUUCAUAUUUUAAGCGAGUGCAUCUGCCCGGGUCCAAAAUCUGCAUGACUUUGAUCUGUACACAUAACACAUUAUCCCUUUUAGGGUGUGUAGGUUAUUCUCAUGAUGUUAAUGUUCCAAUCACUUGUUUAAUAACUUGCAAAUGUUAUUCCCAUAGAAAAUAGGUACAUGUACAUGUGUGCAACAUUGUUUUCCUUAUAAGUAUGUUCGUUGUGACUGACAUAAUAAUUUGAUCUUUUUUUGAAGGUGAUGCAAUCUCCUGGUGAUAUUUUUGCGUACUAUUCUUGUAUCACUUUUUCCAAACAAAAGUUAUAAUCCCGGGACCCAUGCAGAGUUAAACAAUAACUUUUAAUUAAACUAGUUAUAUGGCAAUAUUAUUUCUCUCCUUAAUAGCCUAAAUUGACCAAGAGGAUUCUGGUCAUAAUAUCAAAUCCAGCAGAAAGAAACGUGUAUUUAAGGUAGAAAAAUAAUCUGAAGUGCAUAACACAAAUCAAACCUGCUUUACAAAUGUAAGUUACAGCUUGAUUCUCAAAAAUUAUCUAACAUUGCUCAAACUUGUGAACUUGUGCAUCUGGGCCUUCAACCCUCAAAAUGUCAGAGACAUGAGUUAUUAAAAUGAAAACCUUUUAAGGUUAUGACCCCAGCUGAAAGUUAGAAAUGAAAAAUAUGUUACUUUUACUGGCUUCUACACACUAGACUGAUACACAUGUACUGACUCAACAGUCUAGCUAAUAAUAAUCUACAGGAAUCUGCCAAUAAAAUUAAAAAUAGAGUCAGCCAUACCUUUUUAUACAUGUACAGUAUAGUGGCCACGACACCUUGUCACACAAUAAGCACAAAAUGUUUUCCUACUGUGGGUAUACCAGCCCAUAUGUAUGCUUGUUAAAACCUCCAUUUAUCAGCUGCAUCUGUUAUAUGUAUGAUGGCAUCAAUUUGAUUGCUCUUAAUUCAAGCAGUUUAAGCAGUCCAUGUUUUUGUGAAGGUGUUGAUCCAUUCAUUUUUUGUGGCCACGUUUUUUAUUCACCCUCACUUUAAUAAAUGAACCUAAGGUUAACUUAGUUUUUUUUUUGCCAAUUAUUGCUUUGUUGCGACACUGCUUCUUUCUCUGUAGAUUUGCCGGGUAGUUUGCUAAUAUUUUCAUGUCAUACAAUAAUCUGGUCCUAUCUUAGCUACACAGGAUUCUGACAUGUUCAUUUCUGUUAAUCUGAUCACAGUACAGUGUUCAUUGUGUGCCACUAUAUCUCUUUCAAAUAACUAGAAAAAACAAUAAUGCAGAUACAGUCUUACCCCUGUUUAUAAGCAUGCUAUAUGCUAAGCAGUAGCAAACAAAGUAUUGUUCAUUCGUUGAUAAGUCGAUGGCCUCUUUUCUGUUUCUUUGUUGAUGUUCAUAUACUUGUUCUGCUAUUAAGAUUUUGUACUGUCAUAUGCAAAUUGAUCUUCAGACUGUCUGCAAACAUUUUAUUAAAAUUAAUAUUUGGAUGCUUGAGUUGCUAAGAUAUUCUUUUGUAAAUCAAAUAAAUAUUCAGUUGAUCAAGUGUUCCUGUUGUAUCAGCUGCUAUAUAGAUUUGUACAAGGUUUGAUGCACAUUAGGCAAGACUAAAUGUUGCCAGAAUUUCUUCAGUUGCAGAAUGAGUAGUCUUCUUAGUCCUAGCAAUACUAGAACAAGAAAGUGAGUUAAAAGUUAUCUUUUUGUUAAAUUCUGUCCUGUUGACCGAAAAACUUAAUCAAUUUUAUUCUGUAUCAGUCUCCAACAAAAUUGUAAAAUUUGAUGUUAGCUAGCUAGAAGCAAAAUAACAUCCCCAAUAGAGAUAAAGUAUGUAUUGUAUACACCACAUCUGUAUGUAUAUGUACAAGGUAGUUCUAUGAAAGAAAAUAUGCGUGUUUGGUUUGCUUCACAGUCAGCAAGUUGCAGAUGUGUGUUUCAUGCAAGUAAAAUGCAUCUAAAGAUGAUGCUAUGCCAUUAUAACUGGGACCAUGGUCAAAUGAAAAAUGAUAUUUAAUAUUUCUCUCUGGCAUCUUGCAACAAAAUAUGGGUAGUUUGAACUUAUUCAUUGAAUUAUUACUAUUUUUACAGGCAGUCUGUGGCACCCAGUGUUGUGGGAUCAUUAAAUGAAAAAGAUGAUAAGGCCAAGAAAGCAAAACAGCCAAUUGUCAUAUGGCCUGAGUGGACAGAGCAGGAUAUAGCACAGGAAAAAUGGGUAAGACUCCCCCCACCUUCCUGCACAAUGCUUACUGCUAAUUUAAGUAAUUUUUUGUGAAGAUUACAACUCAUGGCUGAUUGUGAGAGCCAAAUGUCUUUGAUGUCUACUGAGUGCACGAGGUAAAAUGUGUUAUAUUAGCUGUCACCGACUGUAUGAUAACCAACAGACAGUUGUGAGGAGUUCUUCACAAAAAUACCCAUAAAUACUAAGAACUCUGACAAAUAUUUAACUUUGCAUAUACCAAAGUAGAAUAUCAAGACUGGAAUUAUCUACAAACCUCCAGCAGCUUGGAAAAUGUUUUUAAAAAGAGCUAUUUGUGAUACGAUACAUUAGAUUACAUUUGAAUGUUGACAAUUUUGUGUUUUGGUAGGACACAACACACAAAGCCAAAGAAAAAGAAAAGGGUAAAAGUCCAAACCCGGUGAGUACAUUUCAGUUAUUACAUACUACUUAUUAACCAAGAGUGAGGUCAUUACAGGGAAAUCUCAGACCAAGGCCUUGUUGAAUACAUCAAGGCCGAGGUCUGAGAUUUCUCUUUAAUGACCGAAUGGAUGAGUUUAAAAGGUUGUUUAUUAUAUGGUCAUUUCAUUAUGGACCUGGGCAUGUGAUAAAUUAAAACCAGCAACUAGUCAGCAGAUACCUUUAAAAGAACAUCACCUCAGGGAGUUGUGCACUUGAGCCUGUGAUGCAGUGAGGUGACACUGGUCAGCGGAUACUCUUUUUGACAGCUGUCAAUUUACCAUAACAUGGCUAUCCAUAAGGAUGUCCACUAUCAGGUUAAACACUUAGUUACACUUGGAGUCAUACAUCUACAUGUUUUUACAUGUAGGCCUCAAAGACACCAACAAAAUUACCAAGGAGCUCAAUGUUUUAAACUGACCGACAUAUGUAAGUCUUUUACUGUGUAGAGAGUGUUACAUCAAAGAUACGUUGUUUUCUACAGCAUCCUUAUGAAGACCCUGAAGGGAGGAUAGAUUUACCAGCUUCAUUCAGAUCCCAAGUGGAUCACUGGAAGAGGCCUGUUGAGUUUAUAUAUGAAAAGGUACAAUUUGAAUUAGGUGCUGCUGCCAUUUUACAGAACCGCUGUACUGUAUUUGCAUACUACACUUUAUGAAAAGAUAUGCUUUUCGGCACUCUGAUAAACUUACUGGCUUAAACUUUAAAAGCAGCUCCCUGAACUGGUAUCCAAUGUAGAAAAUAUUAGUGUCCAGGUGAAAUCCUAUGGUGUAGCCUUAUAAAUGAAUUCCCCUUUUUAUUGCACUGCAGUAUUUAUUUCGAGAGAUAUUAGAUCAAAUAGAUCAGUAGAAAUAAAACACAGUACAUGCACUUAACUAAGAGGGAGGGAGGGAUGGGAAAGAAAUCAGCCCAACACAGCUUACGGUGUACAAAGAAAGUCGUGUCCAAUAGCCCAGGGCUAGUGGAUUUUGCUAUUGGGCUGGUGAUUUUUGUUCUUAACUUGCCCGACGGGCAAGUACUGUUUUUGGGCAAAUUCAAACUACAAAAGGAUUGUAAUCAAUUCUGCUAAUCAAAAAGGGCUUUGAGGGCUGGUUGAAAUGACUUGUGGGCUAUAGUACAUGCUAGCUACAGCUUGCCUACAUGGCAGGCUGUAAAACUGACUUUCUUUGUACCUUGAGCUUAGACGAGUCUUAAAUGUCACCUAAAAAUUACACUGAGCCUUAUUAUUAGGAAAGAAAGGGUUAGUGACACUUUUAUAAUUAUUUUUAUGGUCAGUGUUAUUUUGUGCUUUUCUUUUCAUGGAGGCUCCAGUGGUAGUUGAUCCAAAAAGCUUGAGUGAAGGAAUAGAUCUACUUUCUGCAAAUGAUCACCUGACACACAGUGAGGUUAGUACCUUUCUUGUAACAAUUUAGACAAUAAUUAUUAAUCUGAACAAGUGAAUUUCACUUUGGCCCAUAAUCAUAUGUACGCUGAAUACAUGUCAUUAAGAAUAAAAUUAUCAGUAAUCAGCAGAGUUGAAUUUGUUAAAAUUACAUGUGAUUACAGACAGAAUUAGACAACAUGAAGUUGUGUUACCAAUUAAUCAUAACUAUCGGUAUAACAGAAUUCUCCAAUCUGAAAAACACAAGAAAUAAUAUUAAAAUAGUUUUUGGUUCAAUCAUUUUAAUACUAGUCAAAACCAUUUAUUGUGUACAAUUGCCAAUAGCAUUUUAAAUCUAUGCAUGUUGUGUGCAUAUACUUAUUAAUUUUGGCUUAUGCUUCAAAAUGCCCACAAAAGUAUAACUACAUGUAUAUGUAUGCAGAUUUCCAAAAAUAAUUUGAUUCUGUUACUUAGAAAAAACGUCAUGCCAAGUUUGUUGCUGGUUGUUGUUUUAGUGGAAAUCAACAUAUUUAUUUAAAUGCAUAGAAAUAUUUAUGGGCCAUCCAACAAGUUUGCAGGCCAACAGGGUCCAUGUGCAAUCCAAUAUUGUAAACCUCACAUUGCGAUGAAUUAAUUAUUUUACUGUUGUUGUGGCAGCUACUCCGAUGGAUUAUUGGCCAGGUUACUUGUCUUUGGAAACAACACUUCAAAGUGGAACCCAUGGAAGUAAAAAAUACUAAAGAUGCAAAGGAGAGCAACAAAGGAGAUAAAGAUAAAGAAAAAGAUAAGGACAAAGACAAGGACAAGGAUAAAGAUGCUCUGGUCGAAGACAACACGUGGAAACCAUGGGGUCACAUAUGGCCUAAAGAGAAAACAAAAGGAUCUCCUCUUCCUGUUUAUAAUCCAGGAGGAAAAUAUUGUGUCAGGAUCUUUUGGAUGGUGAGAAAAUUAUGAGAGCAGAAAUAAAUAAAGUGUUAGAAAAGAUUAUAAAGUCUUAACUGAAAAGGCAAAGGAAAGCUGAAAAGGCGUUAAGUGCAAGAUGUUUGAAAUUGUUGUUAUUUGUUAAUUCUCUUUUAAUAUUAGGGUACCUGGCGGAAAGUAACAGUUGAUGACUGGAUGCCAUUUGAUGACGAAGGAAAUCUUUUGUUACCAGCCACACCAAAUGAACAUGAACUCUGGCCCAUGCUUCUCUCAAAGGCUCUUAUAAAAGUAGCUUCUUUAGAGUAAGUUUAAUGCUAAUACUUAUCCUUGAAGUUAAACUAUCAGCAGAUUUUUAGUCUCACUAAUAUACAGAACUCUUUUGAGGUUUUGUGGUCAUGGUCUUGAUUGCUUAGACCAUACCAAUGUAAUUAUAAGCGAGAAAUGUUUUAUUUGUUGGGAAGACAUGCGCUAGCUUGGUAGAAUCACAAUAAUGAAAUAAUAUGUGCAUGGCGGGUGUCUAGAAAACGAAGACCUAAAAAAGGGCAUGCAUGCAUGCGUGGCUUAUAUAGAUAUUAUGUUACAGGUCAAAUUUGAUUUUAGGUAAGAUUUUUUCAACCUAGUUUGAUUCUCAAUUUUCUUUUUCUCUUAGGGCUAGGAGACAAAGGAAAUUGAGAAUCAACCUGGGUUAAAUCAAAAUUAACCUGAAGUCAAAUUUGACCUGUAACAUAUACAUGCAUGCAUUUGAGUUGGCACUUCCAUAACAAUAUGUAAUUAGUCUUGAUAAACAGUUGUUUCCUGUACAUUUCAUUAUUGUUUGCUAUAACCCUUCAGCCAGUAUCUGACCGUGAUAAUCAUCAAGAAUGUCUAUGGACCAUUAACCAGAUUUGCUCUCACAUGAAACACAACAAACAAGAUUUUUGUAAUUUUACAUACCGGUAGUUAUAUUUAGACCUAACCAUGGAUGUCCCCCGUACUUGUUCUAUCACCAUUAAACUACUUCAUGCUUUUUUCCUUCCGUUUUAUAGUUAUGCUGGUGGAUAUAAUGCUUGUGAGUUUGGAGACUUUACUGUUGUACAUGCUCUAACUGGAUGGUUACCAGAAGUUAUCCCUCUAAGGUAAAUUGGGUCAUGCAAUACAGCAAAAUUAAUACUUGUACAAUCUUUUAUUGUACACUAUAAGUACUGACUAACCGAAAGAUAACUUAGACCCUAAAAUGCAUUAACAAUAGGGCCAUUAUACGAGGAAAAUAAGACGCGUCUCUCAUUAGACGCGUCCCAAAUAAGACGCAAACUAUCCCGUAUAAACGGUACAUUAAGAUGCGACUUAGCAAAGUUGCAUCUUAUUGGAGGACAGGUGUUAGGGCUGUUCUUGGAUAAGACGCAUCUUAGCUAAAUUUCAAGCGAAAUGUGCUGUUUAUAUGGGAUAGUUUGAGUCUUAGGACGCAUCCUAUGUAAGACGCGUCCUAUGUAAGACGCGUCUUAUUUUUCCUCGUUUAAACGGCCCUAAUGAUGACGUUCUAAUAUUAUUUUUUUCGUAAUGAGGAAGCACUAUUAACUGCCUUCGAGGUGGGCACAAUUUCUAUUUUCCCAAAAUUGAUGCUGUCAACUCUCUCUUAAAGGACAAGAUGGACACCUCAGGAACACAGAAAACUAGAGUUGAUCCCUGCCUUUCUUUACUCCUUUUAAUGGACUUCUUAUAAGACAAACACCUCCUUAACACAGAAUCCUAGAGUUGAUCCUUGCCUUUCUUUAGUACUCCUCUUAAUGGACUUUUUUUGUUGAAUUUGAUAGAAGUACAGUAUGUAGCAUUCGUACAGGUACAGUUAGUGAGCUCUGCCCUUAAAUGUACAUGCCUCUUGUCAGCAUUGCCCAGUUAGUUUACUCCUUUCAUUUGAAUUUUAUACGAAACUUACUGCCGGUCCCAAAGGUGUCAUCUUAGAGAGAGUUAGCUGUAGCAUUCACAUGCAUUGACACACUAAGUAAGCACUGCACUUACAUGCCGCUACUGCAGGGGGUUCAUUAAGGGCCGGGCACCGGGCAAAUUGACCGGCUGUGAACACGACUUUGCCCGGCUGCUUUACAUCUCAAAGAACUUCUUUUUAAUACAAGGAACGAUCGAAAACAGUUUUAAGUUACAAUCAUGCCCAUUUCUUGAUGAGUCUUAUCGAGUGUAAAACAUACUUUGCCGUGCAAUUUCCACUUUAUUACACGCGGCAUGAAAUCCCCUCGUUCUUUGUGUGUUAAAAACAAGAAUCGCCCCAUAACACAUUGCGAAAAGAACUGUGCUUCAUAAACGACCACCUGAAAUGUAUCAGUGUUGCGAGCACAUGAGCAUGGCGGCCCAGAAAAGAACGUGUUCGAUAGCGUAUUAUUUUUCGGCUUCAACCAAAGGGCCUCCAGUAGAGAAAAGACCAAGAGAUGAGUAGACUUCUUUGUGAUUUAACCUUUUACUUGCCUGUAUAUAUCAUCAUGUUCAACGAAGCGAAGCGUGAUUUUUAUUCGUCUUAUGGUUUAUGCCAAUGAAUUAAUUUUCGGUGCGUUCACGUUAAAACAGUGCUCCUCCCGUCUAGUCAUUGAAAUUUUAAAGAUAAGUUGAUUACGGCUCAGAUGCUGACGGUGAGUUUGAGUAAAGAUUAUAAUGAGCAGAGCUAUUAAAAGAAAACCAAAAAGUCCAAUUUGUGUGGUGGGUAUUGGUAUCAAAUCAUGAUUAAAUUUUCUAGAAAAGUUAUCUUUUUUUGGUUGUUGAAGGUCAUUGUCUGCAGCUUCAAAAUGCAGGAAAACACAUCCUUACGACUAUAGAAUUUCAAAAUUUUCCGGGGGAGCAUGCCCCCGGACCCCCCUAGAGGGCAAGGCCCUCCGGGCCUUACCAAUUCUUUGCCCGGGUGUCAAACUCAGUUGCCCUCCUGUUCAAAACCUUAAUGAACCCCCUGCGCUAGUCAGCUAUGCCCAGUUUUGAAGAACACCAAAAACAUCACAUACAUGUACAUUUCUGUCUCAACUCCUAUUUUAGAUGUGGUCAUACUGGUGAAAUAUGGAAACUUCUUCUCCAAGCGCUGCCACGUUGGAAGCUAGAGAACACCCCACCUCCAGAAGAGAAGAAACCAUCAAACACAGAAUGCAAGAGAAAAGAUGACAAAGACAAAGAACGUAAAUCCACCAAGUCAGACAAAGCACAAGGCCAAGACAAAGCUGACAAGGAUAACAAGGCCAGAGAUAAAGAUAGAGACAAGGGUGGUGACAAAGGUACAUGAAUACUAUUUACCAAUUAUUCCUCGAGCUCGAAUGGGCUCUGAGUCAAUUGCCCAUGAGGCCGAAGGCCGAAUGGGCUAUUGACUCAGAGGCCAUGAGGGCGCGAGGAAUAAUUGUUUUAGUAAAAUCCAACUAGUUGGUCAAAAAUAUCGAGAAUAAAAAAAUUUUAGCCAUUUAAAGCUAGACUUUAAUCCUUUUUUGCCGCCAAAAAGCCCGCGCUUUUCGCUACUAGUGGACUAUAACAUAUAGCCUAGUAGUAGCUCAACCAAUCAGAACGCAGCAUUGAUAAUAGACCACUAGUUGGAUUUUACUAAUAGAAAAGAUACAGCGUGCGUGCAAUUUGGAAGUGUAGGUGCGUGACAAAUGCUCUUUCAUAGUAGAGGCCUUUAGGUUCGAUAACGAAAACAACUACGAUUAAGAGAUUUGACUGAACGUUUUUUCGCUUAUUCUCCAAAACUAGACACUCCAGUAAGCUUCACUGUACUUUUCAUUCACCAGAAGAGUUAGCACUGUUGUCUUUAUUGAAGGAGGUUAAGCCGUCUUCCAGUCGCAAAAUGAUAAAACUUCUAACAUUUAUUUUUGCAACUUGAUUCCGCCGCCACAACAUUCUUGCUAAAACUCGUAGUAAAAUGGCGACGACUAUCAGGAUUUCCCGCCAAAGUGACCCUGGUUCACGUAUGAGCACUACUUGGUAUUGAAAAAAUCACGUACUCAUAGUCAUUCUCGUCUACGCCUAAUGGUUUUACAAUAUGUGAAAUGUAUUCACCACCCAAAUUUCCAAACUAAAUUCCCUAGAAUGUCCAAAAUUUUGUAUUUCACCGUAUUUAUUUGUUGUUGUUUAAGGAACCCCAGCUAUAAAUCCUGUGGAAAUUCCAAAGGAGCCUGAGUUUGUCAUUUUUGCGAGCUACUCACAUCCACCCAAUAUGCCAAUGAGACAUUCUGUUCUCAAAGAAAUGGUAAGUGGAGAGUGACUUAAUAAACCGAAUACUCUAUGCUGCCAAGGAUGUCCCUUAGAGCCGGCUGCCGGCUUAUUUCUCUGCCGGCUAAAAAAGAGCUUACCAUUGGAUCAAAUUGCUCUGGAAAAGGAAGACAUGGAGAAGUUUUGAGGAUGCAGUUGAGUGACUGAUAAAAAAGUCUGCUCAGUUUUUCCGUAUCUACAUCCCUGUACCGCCGCUGGGGCAUCUCUGCCCCCUAAAUCUGGGAUAAUUAUCUCUAUUCUUAGUGCAUAAAAUGAAUCUGCAGAAGUGUGCUAUCACAGGUCCACAUCACAACUUUACCACCUUUUGGGGUCCUGAAUAAACUGGUUAGACUAUGCUACAUGUACCUGUUAUUAAGUCUCGGCAUCACUUCAAUUGAUUACGUAAGAUUACAAAUAAGACCUCCCCCUACCCUUGUGUGUUGCUGUUUGAAAAAAAAGUAUGGAUUUGCAAAUGUAUAAAUUAAACUCAUCCCUGGUGAUGUGAUAGACCUUCAAGAAAAGUGGUGUGAAGGUCAAAAUGGCAGCAUCUCUUAAGUAAAUGAAAUUAAGGUAUUUUUCCUAGUACCAUGUCUGUCUGUUGUUAGUAGGAAGGAUGUAUUUUUACAAGUAAGUAAGUGGUAGUUUAUCUGUAAUUGCCGUCCAUUAGUACAAGCAGGAGAAGUUCAAGUCUCUAGCAGUAAGCAUUAACGUUUUAGAAUGUCUUAUGAAAUCCAGUAGAAUCCCGGUAACUCGAAAUCUGAAGGGAAACAGGAUCCCGGUAACUCGAACUCUGAAGGGAAACGAAAAACAGUUCGAGUUAGCAGGGAAUUCGAGUUAUGGGGAUCAAUUUCAGUGAAGUUUUGAUCAAGGGAAUGGAAAUUUAGUUCGAGUUAUUCGAGUUCGAGUUAUCGAGGUUCUACUGUAAUCUUUGCUGUGUUCCCUCCAGGCAGAUGCAUCUGAAAAACUCCGCCAGUCUGGGCUGUCUCAUAUUCACCCCCACCCUGUGAUGCUGACGACUGUUAGAGACUGUCCCCUAGUCCCUCCUCCGCCCCCUGUUCAGAUUCCUCGGUGGAAACUCAUCCGUCAGAAAAAGAAGAAGCAGCCUGUUGAGCCAGCACUGAGUCCUCCUGAACCACCUAAAGAUCCUCAGUUCUUGGAAGUAGUUUCUCCAUUUCUGAACCACAAAGUCAGUCCCAUCCCUGUUAGCAGAGCAAGGUAUGUAAGGCCAGUUUAAUAGACUGAGAUAGUACACUGCAAAACAGUCGGUUUUUUCCUAAAAAUCAGUAAAGAAAUCGAUAAAACGUGGCGUAAGAGUCUUACGCGCGCGAACCGCGCGCGCGAGAGAAAAGAGUAUUUUUACCGUCUCUCCCCAGUCUCGCUCUCUGUUCUCAGCCUCGUUCCACAUGCUCGCGCGUACUUGAAUACGCAAAAAUACGGACUGUUUUGCAGUCUACUGAGAUAGUGGGUAGCAGCACAAAAUGAAAAGCAGAGAAGAAAAAAAAAAAUGGAGAGAGAGUUACCUCACCGUCUCUGAAAGUACUUCUGAAGAGGUUUCAUUUGAAUGGUAACACCAUUGGAUUUCAUCCACAGACAGAACCACCUUAAAAUACCGGCUCCACGAUUCACUCUUCAGGGAGUGAAUGGGCUAAGGUAUAAUAAUCUCGUGAAAAAUACAUCAACGUUAUUUGAAUACUCCUUUAACCUUAUGUAGGACUCCUGUAAGGUGGCUGAAAUUCCGCCCUGAGAAACCAAUGGGUGAAAUACAAGAAGAAGGAGACAAAGAUGAGGGAGAGAAGAAGGAAGGUGUUGAGGGUGAUGAGGGAGCUGACAGGACUGACGCUGCUGCAAGAAUCAAUGAAGACUCUACAGCUGUAAAAGAGGUUUGAUCAAUAUCAUAAAAACUACUAUCAUAGUCAAAAGACAGUGUUAACACACAGCACUGUACUGUUCUUUGGCUAUUCAUAACUGAAUGAAAGAGAGAAAGACGUAAAAUGUUCCAUUUUUGUCUUGUCUUUUUCCCUAUAAAGUUUGUUAUCUGAUUUCUGUUCGUAACUGAGUUACAGAAGGUCUAAUUUAUUAUAAAAAUAACUUUGCUCGUGCCUUACACUUUUUUGUGCUGUUCUUUACCGUUGUUGUUGCUCGACUACAGCGUUAAACUUCCUAGUUACACCUUUAAUGGAGGAAAUGUCGUACGUGCUCACAAAAAAAUUUUGUUGCUUGUGUUCCUUGUUCCUGUUCGCUUUUUUCUUCACUGCCGCUCAUUUUCAUCUUGCUGGUCGCUAGUAUUUCUCAUUUUCUCACCGCCGCUAUGAAAUUUUCAUGUUGUUCUUCCAACGAAAUUCGUCUCCUUUGUUUUUUAUUUCUCGCUCUAGCUCUUUUCUGCUAUCCACGUAAGUGUAGAAAUCAUUAAGAUUUAGUCGGAAAAAAAAAAGACUGCUUUAUUGUCUAUUUAUUGCUUUACUUUGAUGUUGAUCACUCUUGGGGGUUACAGGGUAAAUGUAUUUUGCAGCAGAUUUCCUUUACCUGGUUCAUUGUAUUUUUAGCUAGCAUCUGUCAGUUAUCGGGUCUUAAUACAUUGUUGUUUUUGUCGCCAGGACGAGAAAGCCAAGACCCCGAGUCCGAGACCAGAAGGGGAAGAAACCAAACCACCAGACCAAGAAAAAGAACGAGAAUCCUUAAGAGAGAGUAAAGACAGCCGUGAAAGCCUUCAAACUCGAUCCAGCACUAAAGAAUCUCUGAAGACAAAAGAAAGAGUCAAGUCUGCAAAGAGUGAUCGAGGAGAGAAGGACGUGAAGCUUCCUAAGAGUGCUGAGAAAGGAGAGAAGAGCAGAUCAGGAAGCAAGUUGAGUGUGGUGGAUAAACCGGAAAGGAACAAGUCUGGUGGAGCGUCACCGAAAGGAAGAAGAAUGUCAAGAAUGGAGAAGCCAGGUGCUGACUUGUUGACUAAAAGUGAGUGGCGUUUCUUUUCUCUGGGGAGUAGACUGCGAGCAGUCUCAUAUUUUUUGUUUUGAGUCACAGAGAUUUAGAGCACGACCGCUCGCAGUCGAUCAGCCUGCCUGGUAGGUGUUUGAAAGGGAGGGGAAAGGGAGAAACGCGAAACGCAAAACGCGAGAAACGAGCGAGGAGGGAAGGAGUUUCCCUCCCUCCUUCCUCGCGCGCCCCUCGCGUUUCUCUCGCGCCUAAAACUCCCUUUCCCUUCCCUUUCAAACGUCUGCCACGCAGGCUAGCGGUCUAUAUGGGGAGAGACUUGGACUGGACUGGACUUGAUGGAGGGGCACCGAAAUGUCUACGCUCGUUCGCAUUACCUCGAAAAAAUUUACAUUUGGAUUCCCGUGACUACCAGAUUAAUUAUGUAAACAUUGAUUUACGUCAUCAGUAGGGCAUUUCUGUCGUUGAGGUGCAGACGUGUCUCCCGCGAAACGUCCCCAGCGGCGAGGAUCGAGGAGAGACGGCUAUAUUCACGAUUAUCUGGAAGGGGGGGUGGGGGGCGAAAAUAGACGUAGAACAUAAGUUUUGGUCUAUGCUGUUUUACGAUAAUUGAAUUCGUGAUUAGCCCAUCAACACCAAAUUGUUGAAAAAAUCCAACAGUUAUGGACAAUAUGGAUUAAUUUAGUUUUGUGGAAAACUGCCCACCUACCCCUCCCCUAACCCAACAUUUUACCCCAAGUGGGACACAAAUGUUAACGUUGAGUUAGGGGAGGGGUAGGUGGACAGUUUCCCAGAAACUUAAAUUGAUCGAACAAUAUUUGGCCCUUUCUAGCACCUCCUGAAUCAAGGCGUAUGUCGCGAAUGGAAAAAGGAGUGAAGGUUGAACUGGAAAGAGAAUCUUCUCAUAAAGUUGACACCAUUCGUGAAGAUGACAUCCCAGUUCUUGAUCUGCCCACUGAUGCUACAGACGGGGAUAAGAGUCCAGGCGAUGGUGCGGAUGGAGAAGUUAAUGAGGACAAAACUGAAGGCGAAAAAACAGAGGAUGGAGAUAAAGUUAAGGAGGAGUGUAAAAAAGAGAAGAAAAUCUGGAUAGAGUAUGGUGAUUUCUGUAAAUGCUUUAGGUGAGAUGGAGAUUUUGGUGGGUUAUUCGUUCUUCUCGUGUCGUAAAUCCAGCCAAAAAGCAGGCACAACCGACUUUUAAAACCAACGUAGAGAUACUGGAUUUCUGAUCAACCUUUUUCUACUGGUUUGUAUUGUUUCUCAAAUGAUUGGCAAUUUCUGGAGACUGUAGUUUUAUAAACUGUGCAAAUACGUGCUGGAAAAUUGGGAGCGAGAGUUCAUGGGAACUAUCAUUGUCGUUCACAGGAGCGGACAUUCCUGAGUAACCAUUUCUUUUUCCGUGAAAAGUUUACCUGCUCACACUUAGCAUGCUAAAUUUUUUGCAUCAAGGGAACUCUAAAAGAAGAGCGUGCCUCUUGUUCCCCUCCAAACGAGCAAAUAUAUUUGUCAAGGAAAGAUGUACCUCGUGUAGACUACGUCAAUGUUAGGAAACUUGCACUUCAGUAGUUCUUAUGGUAUGUUCUCCUAUAUUGUCAGUUAAAGUAUCUCUUUUCUUCCUGUUGUAGACAUCUAUACAUAUUCCACAAACCCAACACUUACAAUUAUUCGAAGGGAAACUCCGAAUUGAAGGUAAUAAACAACUUGUUAUAUACUAGUAAAUGUGCAAUUAAUGCUCAUUUGUGUAAUAAGGAAAAUGUAUGAAAGUGAAGAAUGAUCAUCGCAGUAAAUUUUCCAAUUUAAGCAAUUGGGAAGAAGAAGCCUGAAAAAAAAAAUCAGGCCCUGUUUCCAAUUGCUUCAAUUGGAAAAUUUACUGCGAUGAUCAUUCUUCACUUUCAUCUACAACCGUAGUUCAAAAAUGAAUUAUUUCAUAUACUUCACAUCAAGGAAAAUGUAGCUUUUUCUCCUCUUUAUCAACACAAAAAAUACAUUCAGAACUGAUUCCGGUGGUACCUUUGCCGGUUGCAUGUAUCAUACGAACCUAUAGACUUCUGUGCAAACGGUCACGCAACUGUUCUCUUGGCCUGUCACGCAUGCACCUCUCUCCAACGAACUUUGUCGAACCUUGUAAGUGAGUCUUCCUUAAGGUGAUGCAGGGGCGGAUCCAGGAUUUUUUUUAGGAGGGGGUGCACUCGUCUCUUGCUCUACUUCAACACCAAUAAACCACAUGUUUUUUUUUUUUUGCAGAAUACCAGUUAUAUUAGAAAACCGCAGGUCAUCUCGGGGGGCGCGCACCCCCUGCACCCUCCCCCUAGAUCCGCCCCUGUGAUGUUAAACGGGACGAUUCGGAACAAUGUAACAAUAAUGUUGUAACGCUGUGUUGCGCUAAAAAUCGUCGUUGCGAAUCGUUCCGUGUAACAUCACCUUUAAGAGCUAUUAUCUGAGAAAAUCGAAAAUCGCACGACACUCGUCAAAAAUUCGAAUUUUUUUUUAUUUUGCCAAAACAUCCCUUUUAGUGACCUAAUUUAAGGAAAAAUAGUUUUGGGUUCAAACGAUUCAUUUUAAAGGAGAAAUUAGGAAAAGUUUGAAAAAUCGAUUUUAUGCUCGUUUUUCGCACAAAACACGGCAGGAUGCAAUGGCAACUUCGAGAGAAGGGUGAACGCGUAAGAAACAUUCCCUGACAUUAAAACUUCACCAAAUUAUUAUUUUGUUCUUACUCUUGAAAAUCCUAAAAGAAAAUUUGAAAAACAAUGCUUUACAUUUUUAUAAUCGACAAGUGUAAAGAGGUCAUAUUUGUGACGUUAGACGUGCUAGAAAAUGAAGGCCAACUUUGACUAUUAAAAAAGACCUCUGGUAUAUGCCGCUUGAUCAUAAAAUCAAUAUAAAAUGGAACCUUGGCGUUUGUACUAACUUACUGGAAAGUUUUAGCUCUGGAAAUCAAAUACCAUCCUGACACCAAAGCAAGCGGUGAGAGCAAUUGCAUUGGGAAAUUUAUGCAAAUUAGACGGCUUGCGGACGGUUGUCAAACUAAAAGAAAGGUUUUACAUGAAAGGAUUACUCACCAUUGCUUGUAACACGUUUUUACGGCAAAGAAAGUUAUUUGCAACUUCUUUUGCGUCGUUUUCAGUCACAAAAUAUAUAAUUUUUAGCCAAAAGACAAACGUACGUUUGCUCAGCAACUGCGUCCGAAUCCGGCCGUGAAUAGAAUAAAGUGACAACACGACGAAGCAAGAGUUACAAGAGUUUUUACUUCAGUCAAGAGGCAAAAGGAAUAAAAAUUCAUCGCAAACUAAUGACUUCGAUUUUGAAAACCUUUCAUCACUUCAAUCGUUCGUCGGCUGAUAAUAAACAUCGCACAAGAUCGUAUGACCUUUGGCGUGUAACCGGAAAUUGGUCACACGCUUUAGUCACGUCAGCAUGCUGUCACGAAAUUUUCGUAGCUGUUGUCAGCAAUUUUAAUACAGUUUUCACAUUUUUUGACAAGAAAUCCUCUCAUCGCAGUAGAAACAGCCAUGCAUAUUUAUUUUUCUUUUAUUUACCUACUAGGCUUUGAAACAGCUUUUUUGCUUUCGAAGUACUAAACAGGAGGGGUACCUCGGAUUCCAAGUGUCGUGAGUGAUCCGUGGAAGCGAAAAUUAAGACCAAAAAAGAACGAAUAUUUUGAAUACUUAAGUAAAGCCACAGCUAAAAAAAAAAAUUGUUCAAAAUAUUUUCAAACCAAGAAAGAAACAUACUUCGAUCAUCCCCGUGACUUGGAAUCUGGCCAGAGUACCCCCUCCCCCUCCCCUCCUCCCCUAUGCCGGGUCAAAAUACUAAGUUCCCCCGGCCCAAUGUCCCAUAGUCAAGGGAGUAUACUCUAUUGCUGUAGUAAAGAACUUGGAGAAUAAUACCAAUUCUCCGUGGCCAACGGAUUCAACGCUAUAGUUCACUUUGGUUUUGCUUGUUGAUUUUCUCGCUAUUUGCUCACGAUCAGGAGCCUAUAACCCCAGCCACGACCAAAUUAUGAAACCUGUUAUUACCAGAAAAAAAAAAAACAAAGAAACAGUCAGUCAGAUAGACAGUACAUAAUAAAAAGACCUCGAUUAAGAUUAAAAAAAAUCAAUACAUGACACUGUCGAAUACGAAAACCCAGAAACCAUUUUGUGGAAAAAAGGUUCGCAUACAGCUAUCAGCUGCUUUUGUCCACAACUCGCCGGUAGAGGUGCGCGGAAACUAGUGAUUGUGAAAUGGCUUCAAACUAUGAUCUAUACUGUUGGAAUAUUACUUAUCACAGAAAGCUACAACUGAUUUCUUCUAGCAGACCCAAUCCUCUUGGUUCGUGUGGACAAAGUAGCUCAUCCCGGCUAUUUGCACCAUGCUACCAUAGUCUCCCUAGAUUCCCAAGCCUCGCACGCAGACUUUCCUGUCCCACGAACGUUAGGUAGGAUUGUAGGACGAGCCAAAAGAAAGUGAAGGCUACAGGCUCUCGCGAUGAUGCAAGGAAGGUCGAGUAUUAUAUUCCCCUAUCCUGGUCGCCCAGGGUAUAGACUACGAGUAGUCCCCCAUUUUUCCUCAGGGAUAGUAGAGCGAGCGAAACGCGAGUGCGCGUGCCUUUUCUCGCGUGGGGUAAUUUUCACGCGCCCUCGCGUUUCGCUCGCUCUACUAUCCCUGAGGAAAAAUGGGGGACUACUCGUAGUCUACCCAGGGUAAGUCUGCGGAGGAGAGUGACUGAGGGGCUGUAUGUUCGAAAAGUUGACUAACGCCCCCGGGACUAACGCUUUCCCCUGGAUAAAUCUAUAUCCAAUAAGUAACGCAAUUGCUUCUUCUUAUUCGCUUGAUAGUGAUUUCCUGUUGUUCAACGUUUGAACAACAGGGCCCUAAGUAUUGUGUUUCGCCUUGCACGAAAAACCCAUAAACCUUAUAAAUUUCACUAUGGGAUUUCAGCACCUCCCUUGAAUGAUCCAUUUCGCUAAACGGGACCUCAAAACAACGAUUCUGUGUAUCCUAAGGGAGUGUAUACUAUACUUUCCUGGCUCUCGUCACUCACAGUGAGGUGAUGGUGGCUUAUACUCUAAUAGACCUAACACAGUCGAACCUCCAUGUGCGACCGCCAAUCCAAAAGACCAAAUUUUCCCAGUCAAAGCCUUACAGUUGGAACCUCCAGUAAACGACCACCUUCUGUAAGUGACUGCGACCACUUUUUGGGCGCCACGGUUAAUUGUUUUCCAUAAGCGACCAGUUGACGCAUUCUCUGCUCUCUAUUUUUGCUGUGUGUACUAUGUUCCUUAGAAAAUAUGAAGACCUUUAGUGACAUCGUGGAACUACACAUAUCCUAACUUAGUAGAUGUAGCCAACAAAGUGAAGAUUCUGUUGUGAUUCUAGACUAUUCUAUAUCUCACUCACCUGAAUCCCUCUUUAAAUUGAGCAUGAUUUAAAAGCUGUAUUUGACAAAAGAGGUAAAAGAUAAUAUUUUGCCAGGAAUUUGUUACACCGCCAUUUAAUAGAAUGUGCCUGGACCUCUUCUCGGAAUAGACCCCAUGUGGUCCGAUUCUUCUAAACGGCCACCUCCCGUUAGAGACCACUAAGUCUUUGCAUUUUUGGUGGUCGCUUACUGGAGACACGACUGUAUUACUUUGACCUAUCAGAGGCUUACCGAUAAUAAAGGGGAUCUGGAAGGGGGCAUGGAUGCGACAAUCACAUCCCAGGUCGCUUACUUAAAAUAGUGGACAUCUAACUGACAAUCAAAGUUUGUGCUUAUUAUUGGGGUUUUCUGGUGUUUACUCACCUCCCAAGCUACCCUGGGUGAGCCAACUUUUCCUCCAUUUCGUUACAAAACUUGGUAAACCAUUUACAUGAGAAACAAAAGGUUGGUUCGGAUAGACGCCUUACUACCAGUAGUGGGCGGGGUUGAAGGCUUCCGGAAGUCAGCCCUCCACUGAGCCGGUAGUGGUGGCCUCACCCUUCUAGCCCGGCUAAUAUUUCUCCACUUUGGCUCGCCCAGCUAGCUGGGACAACACGGUCAAGGCUAGACAAAGACAGCAUGCGCAAGCACUGUUGACUCGGACAAAGUGGUCAGUUUUUUCCUCAUAUAAACGCUCGCAAACGUUGGCUCGGCUGGGAGGUUGACCCUCUCUCCGGCACAGCUUUUCUCCAUCCAUGGGUUCCAAACAGUCUUUUAACAGUCACGUUUGAAAUUUAUAGGAAAAUGAUGUAGCACUUCAAAAAAUAAUAAUAAUAAUAAUAAACACUUUUUCCACAGCCUGUCACUGCCUAGAAGGUGUCUAUAAAAGAAAUCAACUGCAGAACAGGAGUCAAUUUCAGUCUUUUGCGCUUUUCACGCUAGCACUGCGAAGCUGACUGGGGGCGCGAGACACGCGCGAUGCAUGGGAAACAAGUUCUGCAGGCUAUAAAAGAAAUUUUAAAAAAAUAAAAAAAAUAAAGCAAGCCUGAUUUUAUUUCGAUGAGUCUAUUUUUUGUCGAAAGCAAACGUGAAAAAUCGUAUUAAAAUUCGUGACAGUAUACUAACGUGACUUAAGCGUGUGACCGAUUUCCGGUCCCACGCCUAAGGUCAUACGAUCUUGUGCGAUGUUUAUCAUCAGCCGACGAACGAUUGAAGUGAUGAAAGGUUUUCAAAAUCGAAGUCAUUAGUUUGCGAUGAAUUUCAAUCUUUUGGCCUCCUGACUGAAGUAAAAACUCUUGCAACUCUUGCUUCUAAAGGACCGCAGUGACGUGUUGUGACUUUAUUUCGAUUCACGGCCGGAUUCUGGCGCAGUCGCUGAACAAACGUACGUUUGUCUUUUGGACCUUUUGGCUUAAAAUUAUGGAUUUUGUGACUCAAACCGACGCAACAAAAGUUGGAAAUAACUUUCCUUGCCGUAAAAACGUGUUACAAGUAAUGGUGAGUAAUCCUUUCAUGUAAAACCUUUCUUUUAGUUUGACAACCGUCCGCAAGCCGUCUAAUUUGCAUAAAUUUCCCAAUUCAAUUGCUCUCACCGCUUGCUUUGGUGUCAGGAUGGUAUUUGAUUUCCAGAGCUAAAACUUUCCAGUAAGUUAGUACAAACGCCAAGGUUCCAUUUUAUAUUGAUUUUAUGAGCAAACGUCAUAUACCAGAGGCCUUUUUUAAUAGUCAAAGUUGGCCUUCGUUUUCUAGCAUGUCUAACGUCACAAAUAUGACCUCUUUAGACUUGUCGAUUAUAAAAAUACAAGACAUUGUUUUUCAAAUUUUCUUUUAAGGUUUUCAGGAGUAAGAACAAAAUAAUAAUUCGGUGAAGUUUCAGUGUCAGGGAAUGUUUCUUACGCGUUCACCCUUCUCUCGAAGUUGCCAUUGCAUCCUGCCGUGAUUUGUUCGAAAAACAGGAAUAAAAUCGAUUUUUCAAACUUUUUAAAAUUUUUCCUUUAAAAUGAAUCGUUUGAACCCAAAACUAUUUUUCCUUAAAUUAGGUCACUAAAAGGGAUGUUUUGGCAAAAUAAUAAAAAAUUCGAUUUUUUGACGAGUGUCUUGCGAUUCUCGAUUUUCUCAGAAAAUGGCUCUUAAGUGAGUUGGCUAAUAACCUUUUACAGUUUUCUAACUGACGGCCCUCUAGACUGUACUUCUCAUGACUGAGUUAGUUCAGUUACCUUCAUUUCUCAUCUUGUUUUAUUCUUCUCUUAUGUUCUGAAGUGCUUUCUUUCUCUAUCGCAAUCUCUGACUAAAGAGGAUGUAACCUGCUCAAGUCCUGAAGAGGUAUUUUAAAACUGUCUCUACUCUCUUCUCUCAAGACAUAACAUUGUGACUCGCAAGCUGUUGCUCUUUGUAAUCUUCACAGCUCUCGCUAUCAAGAGAUUCUAAUCAGAGCCAGGAGCCCUUGUGAUCUUUAGCUUCAAACUUUCUUAUCUCGAGAAAGUCUUUAUGGUCUAUGUGUUGUUCUCGAUUGAUUCCAUAACCUCUCUUAUUUCCGUGGAUUCUGUCCCUGGAGUUCUGCUUGGCCUGUCGAGUUGGUCACAGUUGGUUUUUUUCUCUCGUCUGACACGCCUGCGCGCCUCGCGCGCGUGACACUUACUCUACACUAAACCGAUUUUGAGGGGAAAAAAAACGACUGUUUUGCAGUGUACGUUUCCACAUUUUGCUUUUAUAUCCUUACAAGAGAGAACAAUGGAACAAAGUGGGAAACGCCCAGUCUAACCCUUGGGAUUUUGUGAAUUUCUCCAAAGUUAUUUUCAGACCAAUUAAAACGCUUGAUAUUAAUCACAAGUUGGUUUCUGGAGAGGUCCGCAAACUUUUAUACGGUGUUGUUAGAAAGAUCGUUAAACAGUCGCCAUUACAAUAUUCUGCAUUGUUUGCUUUAGGGCAUUCUCGCGUGGACUUAAUAACUUUUCAAACAAUCUAUUGAAAUGUGCGGGAAUCCCAAGAAUUAGACUUGCAUUUGGAUACAACCUCUGGAGAUAACUUCAGUAAAAUUCGCAUAUCCUGGCCAACUCCCUGAGAUUCACUCUCUGUCACACCAGUCUUUCCAGGUCCUUGGCAAGACAGGUGAUGAAAACGACUUUUUACUUGAGUCACUCUUCAGAUCUCACUCACCAUACAAGUUAUUCAUGUCUUCUUAUACGUCACGUUUUGAACAGCCAGUCUGGUUUACAUUUUGGGUUUCCUCUUGUCAUAAAUAUUCAUUUAUUUUUUUCUUUACCUAUCCUUUUAUUUUCAUUUUUUUUCUCAGUUUUUUUUUUCCUUUCGCUUUAUUAGCCUAACUAUGAUUUAUUUAAUUAUCUAAUAUAUUUUAAGAUUUACUGUAGCUCUGCCAUUGACUUUUCCAUGUAUAAUUCUGUUCAUAUUUUGUUGUAAUAAUUUAACUGAGGGAGCCCAUUCCUUAUAAGCCCGGUGGUUUAUCUUGGGCUUCCUCGCUAUAAGCUUUUUGAAUAGUUAGGGCCUGUUUACAUGGAGGUGGGGGACCCCAGGUAGGUGAGGUAACCCGCGUCGGGUCACCCCACCUAUCAUGUAAACGGAUCAAAUUAAAAUGAGAGAUUAUAUGGACAGGCGGGUUACCCCACCUAAGCGAGUUACCUCACCUACCUGGGGUCCCCCACCUCCAUGUAAACAGACCCUUAGAUUUUCUUCUAUUUGUACAUCUUAUGGCAAAUCAAUUAACUUGACUUAACUUUUAACGCACUUUCCAAACGCGAUUUACAAGUGAUGAUGUUUCUUUGCGAUUUUAAUACCAGUAUUGGUGCCGAGUUGCUAAGAAUCGAAAUUGCGCUAGAAUCUUCCCUACUGGCUGUACGAAUUCUGUCGGAAGUAAUUGUCAUAUUCUAAUGUACUAACCCAUAAUUAAUUGUCAGAGGUGGGUUUUCAUUCCAAUCACUAUUCAUCGCGGGCAUGGUGGCAAUGGUUUCGCGGCGAGCGAGAGGAAGAUGUCCUCCUCUGUAAUGGGUCGUAAGCUUAAGAGAUCGGACAGUGAAAUGUCUUUAUCAUCUGUGAGUCUGUUGUUAUCAACACCAAAACCAUCACAAUUCACCUUUUAUAUCGAUAAACUUGCACGAGUGUACAUAAAACUGAACUAGACGCAGCUUUAAACCAUUAGGUGUUAAAUAAGAAAAACGAGUCAGAACACAUUUUGCACGUAACCACAUGAAAUUUUAUGGUUUUAAAAUCCACUUUGACGCUAUCAUCUUCCUACUUUUAAUCUCUAAAUCGGAGGCCCUUUAUUUUGCUUUUGUCGUGGCAAACGUGUCGUGGGUGUGUCGUAGUUGUAGAUGUGUUGUUGGUGUCUUAACACCUCAAUGCUAGAUCCGUUACCCUCCCCAACACUUGGUCUGCUGUUAAGUUAUCCAUGAGUGCUGAACAUAAAUGUUUACGUUAACUUUGAGCCACUAUAAUACCGUUGGUACUUAAUGUAUACUGCCUAGGGGUGUUAAUCAGAGACACAAUAGUAAGAAGUGCAUAAGAUUCUCGAAGACUCAUCAUACAAGGACCGUGCGGGUCAUAAACAAGUGGUGUCCUGACAGCUCAUCUUAUGUUGUUUCAUUAGAACGUUGCCAUGACCAGCCAUGUUGGUAAGAAAUCAGGUCUUAUACCAGCAUCUUCCGUCACAGCAACCACUCCUGCACCAGGCAAGGCCACAGCCUUCAGCCCUUCUCCAUAUCACGGGGGUUAUGGAGGAACAAGUCAGAAUCAAGAAGCCUCUCCUCCAUUUCUGUUUGUUGACAGUUUGAAGCCUAUCGAGAUUGUGGUCAACUUCACUUCUUUCUCCAGAUGGCUGGACCCACCGCAGCCCAUUAUUAGAGAGCGAGACAAGGAGAAAGAAAAGGACUCUAGCAGCGUAAUAACAGGUGUGAACUGAUUUUUAUGUCUACCGUGUGUCUGAGCCACAUCUCUUGGGGAACGGUUUAGAGAAUAAAAAAAGUUAAAAUUGUUUUGAUUACCUCGAAGCAAAUGUGGCGAUCUUUAAACCUGGAAAAGAGUAUCCUUAACCGUACCAGAGUUUCUCGAUUAUGCGCAGAACGCGCGCGAUCGCCCGAGGGUAAUAUGUAGACUGUCUGCAUUCCCCCAUUUUUUGUAAGAUCGUUGAGAUAAAGCGUUAUUUGCAGCGAACGGCCAUCUUGGUUUCCAUUAUACCAAAUAUAUCUUGGGAAAAAUAUCAACCCUAGCGCUGCACCCUCUCGGUACAUUUUAACCACGAUGGCAGCAAAUCACAGCAAUCCCGCAAUCUUAUAGUCUGCUACACAGCCGUUAUUAGUGUUGUCAAGGGAGGAGCGUUGCGUGACGACACUAAUGACGGCUGUGUAGCAGACUAGCAAUCUUAACGAUCUUAUGGAAAAAUAGGACGCUUGAAACUGUCUUCUACGGAUGUAAACCUGACGGGUAGUAUUGUAGAAGUAACGGUUACUUGUUUACUGGCGUAAAGUAUGUAAGAAUUGCCUUCUUGUAGAGAAAAGUAAAGUAACCUUCGUAAACUCCGCCAUGUGUACAGGGGGUGAAAUGAUCCGCAAAAAUGCAGAUUGGUGCGUUCUGCGCGUGGCUGAGAAAUGCGUCAAAGCUGAUCACCGAACUUAGCAAGUGUGGAUCGCAAAUUGUAAAUCAAGAUUUUUAUUGUCUGAAAGUUUGAACUAAUUUCUUACCGUCUUGUUCCUUGAACAGAACCAAAGGAUGCUGUUCAAGUGGAAGAGAAACCAGCCCCACCCACCCCAGGCCGGCUCGUUGCUGAGCCAUACUCUUGGAAAAGCCUGGUGACGGGUCAACCUAUCUUGCGUAUCUGUACCACAGGUACCCGAGCCUCUGUGCUUGUCUUACCGCCUGGGCGCCAUGUGCUUAGGUUCCUUGUACAGGCCCCUCACGGCUAUCAUAUAGAAAUGGCCUCACAGACACCAUUUGUGUAUGGAGAUGAGGACACUGUAAUGGCUUGUCUGACCAAGGUAUUUCGGUUAAUGUAAUAUUAACAAGGAGGAACAGAUUGGCGCGGCACAAACUGGUGUGAUCACAGCCAUUCUUCUUCAUUUUACAAUCGGACUUUUAUACGGUUGCAUUUUUAAACGAAAUUUUACAUGCAGUUGUGUUUACCCAUAAAUUCGUAGACCAAGUUAUAGCAAGAUUGUUAGUCGCACUAACUUUAAAUCUGGGGUCCAAAUAUUAAAUUCUUAUCAUCUCUCCGGCCGAAAUUUUGCAUAGUCCUCUCUAUUUCUUAGAAUUUUACAAAAAGAAAUUUGAAUUUCUUUGAGAACUUUUUCUUCGACCACCGUUAGCAGUGAAAGGGUUAAACUGAUCGAAAGCGAAGGAAGCAGAAAAACACCUCUUUAUCCACUUACCUAUGUAAGAUGACCGUUGCUGACCUCUGUAUUGACUGCCUUCAUAUUACUCAUAAUACACUUUGUGUCCCCCAAAACAAUUCUCAUGCAAAGUUUUGAGGGUAAACAAGGUGCACUAUGGACAGUGUAGUCUCCCUCGCAACGGUUUUUUGGGAUGUCACGCAACGUUUCGUGACAUACCAAAAAACGGCUGCAAGGGAGACUAUGGGUAGUGUGAAAGUGGCGUGGAAUUAUUAAGGGUAAUAUUGAGUGCGUUUGUAUUCUGUAUUCACCACUCAUUUCCUUGUCUGUAUGUGUAGGAGAGUUGUCGUUUCUUGGAACAUGCCCUGGGUGUCAUUCAGUCAAUAGGGAGUCUUGUAGCUUCUUUUGCUGAUCCUCCACCCGACAGGAAGUUUGAUCUCGACCUGGGACUGAAGGAUCAACCAAAGGACAUUCGAGACAAGCAUUAUAAGGUGAUUUCAUAACUCAAAUCUGCAGCCGAGUAACGAAGAUGUUUGGUCACUCUUUGCUGGCAGUAAAUUUUUAGGUGAUUCUUGUAAUGCGAUUCUAAUCAGCGAUGACUCUUAAAACUCUUUAAUCUAAACUUGACCAAAUUCGUUCGUCCUUGUUUAUAUGUGCAUGGCUACUGUCACCCAAUGACGACUGUUUUUUAACAAAGAGAUUCCAUGUUGCCGUGCGUCUGUUCAGUAAUAGAUCGCAGAUGACGUCAAAAUGUGGUAAAAACAUCAGUGACACAUUGUAUAAAGACUAAAAGAUUCCAUUUUGCGGUGUUUCUAUCCAAUCAUAGAUCAGGAGACUACUUUUUCACCUUGAUUUGUUCUUUAGCGUGCCAUGCAACAAAGCAAAUAGGAGACGUCUGCCCGCAAGCUAUUUCCUCUUUUACUCUCUGCGUUUUUUCGUUGUCUUUACUCGCUGGAACCGUAAUAAUCUGGUAAGCAUUCCCAAAAUUGUGGGCCAUUAUGGACGGAUAGAGAAAAACCUCUCUGUGACGUCGGCCACGUGUCUGAACUCUACUAGGUCAUAGGCAACGACCAAUAAGAAAACAUCUUGUAUUUAAUACAUCGUGUAAUUAUAUAAGAGCAUUGUACAUUGCUUUUACAAGCGGUUCGCUCAGAUAAAGGACGGUGUUCUGAAAUCUCUGUACGUAACCUAAUCAGUCCAUAAACCAAACUGAGUUGUUACAUCAAGUGAGGGAUCUUAUCUCUUCAUCUUUUAUGCAAUGACUCCAAUUCUUUCUCCGAGUUUAACAUACACCAUUUCCAUUUUAUGCAGGUUUUUAUCAAAUGCCUUCUUAAGACAGUCAGAUUCCACCUUGCUGACUCUUAUGAUAUGGCAAUGCAUUUUGCGUGGAAAGCCUUUCAGUUCCAGGCGUCCCUCUGUCUACAUCAGCGGGUGGGUCACAGGCCCCUGUCAGCUGCAGAGAUCACCCGGAUCGGUUCGAUGUCUGCUAAGCGACAACUCAAAAGUGCUUCAGCGGUUCCCCCUACAUGGGUUGAUCGGACGUCGAACAGCGAAGAAGAAAAUGCGGCAGCUAAGAUCCAGGCCACUUUUCGGGGUUAUUUUCUCAGGAAACUGUCACGAGGUUACAUAAAAGGUGGGUCCCUAAACUAAUACCCUGUUUGGGAUGUAGCGUAGUACUCUUGUACGUGCGCGAUCAUCCUCACAGGGACGUAAGUGUAGACAGCAGGUACCUUAGCGGAAGUAGAUAGGUAAGAGCGAGUAUUGGAACCUCCUGAGACGGAAGUAAAUAUUCAGACCUAAGGAUUGGGACUUAGCGCACAAAACCCUCAGCCAACCGCUCCGGUACGAUGUUUGAUGUGUGUGAACAACAUUGUUUCAGUUCUUUCCCACUGGCGUUCAUUCUGUACCAGAUAGCAUUUCAUGUCGGCACCAAAAGCUAUCCUGUACAAUGUGGAAACAACCUGAACCUAACUACAUGUUAGCUAAUAGUAGCACUGCUGAACGCAUUGUCAUGUGAACGCACUGAGAAUGCAACUUGUUGAGAAACUACCGCAUAACUUGGCAGAUCGUGCUGAAAACAAAGGACGUUGGAAAAGAAAUGCUAACAUUAUACAUUGCCAAGACCUGCACUUAAACGAGUAUUAUGGUAUUUCUCGACGUAGCCUAUUAUAGCACGCACGUGACAUGCUGUUAAUCUGUGUUUGCUGUCUCUGUCCUAGUAUCCUAAUCUUAAUUAUUAUUUUCACAGGAACUGAGGAACAUCAAAAGGUUUUGGAGCUUUUAUCCAAAGCCUGGAGCUUGAUUGAACCCAACCUGGAGACUUUUGCCAUUCAAAUCUUUAGACUUAUGUUCAAGCGGGAUCCUGAUCUGUUUCCAUUGUUUCCGUUCUACAAAGAUGAGUGGAGCAGAGUAGCAUACACAGACUACAAUGGCAGCUACCCUGAACAACCACCUAAUUCAUGGUUUGUGGUCUUCAGGUAUGUCACAACCUUAUUUUCAUUAAGCAUCCUAAAUCGACAAGUUCCGGUGGGUCGAUUUUGUUUUUAGUCUUACACACGUAUGAACAACACCAUUUUUUUACCCUUCAUUUUAAAGGAGCUGCGUCACGAAAUUAUUACAAUUCAGAGAGUGGAAACUCCCACCAAAUUGAGUAAAACAAAAAUAAUCGGCCAAAACGUUAAAACAAGGUGUUAAUAACACAGCGAAUACAAAAAGAGGCUAAGAAAAGUUCAUUUUGUUAUUUGUUACGUUCGAAGUAAUGCUUAGGAGACAUAUUUCUUUCACACGAACUAGUGAUUUUGUCUUUCACGAGUAUUUCCUCAAGUGCCAUAAGGAAGAGCGUGCUUGGGGCAGUUUUUAGGGAGGUUAAGCAGCAACGACGGCGACGGCUUCGAAAAAGGCACUUAAAAAGUGGACUCGCGCUGCUUCAAACUUUAUCGCGCUUAUUCCAUGUCGUUCAAUUCGUCAAAUAUUGGCCAUAUUUUUUGGAGUUGAGUUCUACAAGACUGUAUUGUUUAGGAAAAGAAAAAGAAAGUCGUUGCUUUGAGUUCACGUCCUCCACAAAACGUGAAGUUAGGCACUUUUAAGUCGUAGUCGUGCAGUGACGGCAAAAACGUUUCUUUACUACUCAGUAUUUGAAUUUGCUGCUUGUUUUACUUGCAGGGAAGUGUUCUUUGUGGACGAACCAGUUUUAACGGUCCCUAAACUCUAUGUUUCCUUGCCGACUUGUUUGUUACGAGUGGUGGACAACGACUCAGGAGAAGAAUUAACAAGAGUAUUCCAGAAAGUGGCGCCGAACAACUUGAAGAAAAACAAGGUAAGUUUGUAUUGUUUGCUUUGUUGUAAACUACUUGAAACGAAAAUAGAAAAAAUACAUAGCGCAAAUGCUGCGAAUGAAUGAUCACAGGAAAACAUUAAAAAGGCUCGUUUUGGCUCGCUCCUUUCAAAUUGAAGAUGUAAAACUAUAACCCCAUUUACACGCGCUAAAAGAAUCCGUACGGCACGCCAAAUUUUUGGCACCGUGCCUCGUUUACCCGUGCCGAGACUACCUGCUCCUAAAUUUUGAGCACUGAUGCCACAUUACAUUGGGACCGAUACGUUUACACGUCGAAAACUGGGAGUGCCGUGCCUUAAAAUCGUCAGCACGGUGCCAAAAAUUUGGCUUGCCGUGCCGAUUUUUUUAACGCGUGUAAAUGGGGUUUAUGUCGUUACGCCAUUAUUUCCCUAUAGUGAGCCAGUCUUCAGUGAAUGUCACGUGUUUUUCCGUCGUGUGCUCAGACGCACGUUUCCCCCUCCUUUACACUGCAUAGUACUUUCAUUGAAUUAAGACCUCUUUUUUUCUUGUCAGCGUGGUUACACUUUCGUUGCUGAAGCCAGAACCCCGAACGCUAUUCUCCCUCCUGGGAAAUUCAGGCUGCGGGUUAUAGGUUCAACGGAACCUUUACCGUACCCCGCUCGGGACGGAGUCAAUAGUCACUUUGUAAACAAGGAGAUUAGAGAUUACUACAUCCCCAACAAGUACAACAUUAUUUUCAGGUGAGAAUGCAAUGAAUUUUGACUCAACUUCUUAGCUGAAUGCUUCUGAAGGUAAAGGUAAAGAGUCCUUAUUUUACUUCAGUAGCACAAAAGUCAUCAGACUGACAAACCUGAGGCAAACGAUGCCCUCAUUUUACCCCCUCCUUCCCCCUCCCUUCCUCUCCAUCUGUGUACAGUCUGACGCUACUUAAAGCUACACGAAAAGGAAAGAAGUCGAUAGAAGGAUUUGAGGUCACACUUGGGAAUCGAACCCGGGACCUCCCGCACAGAACGCCGCACACCCACACUAACCAACUGCAUCAACAGCUUUACAACAACUUUUAUUUUAUUUCAAAAUCCUUGUUACAAAACAAAUUAAAACACAACCCGUAAGUAGCAAGGCUAUUCGAGGCGGGUUGUGUAAAAAUUAAAUAAAUUAAUUAUUUGAUGAAAACAGUUAGGUAGAUUCGUAAGAUAAAAUGUAAAGAAGUUUUGUGCGCGACUUGCAAAUCUCCCAUAAUGCACCUUAUUUGCCCCCAAAAGCCGUCCCAAGAGAAAUUGAAAACAAUGCUCAUGCAAAAUUUUGGGGGGCAAAUAAGGUUCAUUAUGGGAGAUAUGCAAGUAGCGUAUAAAAAAGAAGAUUUUUGAAUUAGGCAAGACAGUAGAGCGCAAUUAAUUACACGAAAAAGGGUAAAUUAAGUAUGCAUGCUGCCCUUGUCUUGGUCCUUGCAUCUCUCCUGCAUGAGAGUCUCAUGCAGAGUCUCAACUCAUGAGUCUCUCUCAUGAGAGUCUCAACUGUGCUAAUCCUUCAUCCUCUUUGCCUUUUUGAGUGUAUUUGUGUGACCACUUCUUAAUAUUUUGUUGGUGUUGUAUUUUAAAGAUACACAGUGAAAGUAACAGAAGAUCACAUGGUCAGCCUUCAGCUAGGGACUUCUAAACCGGACGUUUACAUUAAGUUACAGGUGAGGCACGUGUCAGAAUAACACUGCGGAUUACGUUUAGAGUACUAGUAAUAACCAAAGGUUAGGGAGUGCGGGCGACAACAAUCAAGGGUCAAAAUGCUUUUGCUCCAGCGCUGUGCUUUGCGUAAGUUUCACUUGACAGGUGGUCAAAACAGGCGCGAUUAGAGUACGAGGGAUAGAAUUGAUGAAAUUACGUUUUGUGCAUUCCGUUCAUCCUUAGUGAAACUGCAAACGAAUACUGGCUACAUACAUGCGACGCAUGCGUAAUUACAACCUAGAGAAUAGGAUUGCAGGCUCCUCUUGUCGCCAGCAAUUAUUGACACCUUGGCGUAGACUACAAGACAAGUAGUCUCUCAUUUUCCUCAGCGAAAUUUGCGAUCAUGAGUGAAAAUCGCCGCGCGCGAGGUGAGGUGAGACGCUUUUCACCUUCCUCGCGGGUGGCGAUUUGCCCGUUCGCUCGCCAAUCUCGCUCACUCGCUCGACUCAUCCCUGAGGGAAAGGUCGGACUACUCGUAGUCUAACGUAGGGGAUAUUAACUUGGUGCGGGGGUGCGACUGAAAACAGAUGAGGAGGACAACUACAUGGUCACUGUAAAACAGAGCUUAGAAUAACAGUCGGUUUUCGGGCAAUAUCCGACUAAAAUUUGCUCAUUUCCCUCAAAAUCCUGCUUGCAGUCGGACAUAUUAAAGACUUAUUUUGAAGCUGGAGAUUUGUAUAAUGCUAAAAGAAAUUAAGAGUCAAAAUAAUGUAUACCUAUCACCGUGGUUUGUCCGACUAAUUUGCUGACUCGGUCGGGCAUUUGUCCUUUCAGAAAACAAAAAAGUAUUGGCAACCCUGAGAAUGGGAUGAACUGAACAACAUUUUGUACAAUGGAGCAAAGGCAUAAGAGAUAUUUAAACAAACGAAAUAGAUUCUCUUGCCACAGUAAACCAUAGAGAUUUGUUAUUUUUGCAGAUUCUUGAUCAUGAACAAGAAGUGGCGAGUACCACAGGCAAAGCUCACGCAGUUAUUCCUGCUUUCACAUUCUACCGCGAUCGCACUGGCGACGAAGAAGAAAAACAUGGCAAACGAGGUAAGAACAAUUCAAAAAGCCUGUCAGUUAUCGGUGUAUUUAUAUGUACUUUGGAACACAUAAAUUUACAGUCCUUUUCUAAAAUAAGGUUCAGGGAUUGUUACGGUUGGUUAGUGCACAGCCUUCUGUGCGAGAGGUGCUGAGUUCGUUUCGUUGGUGUGACCUCACAUCGAAACGGAAUAACCAUCAAAUCAGACUCAGGCUAUAAUCUUAAAAUAGUUUGCACGAAGGAGGCAAGAACAUUGAAAAAAAGCCCUUCAGUUAUUUUCUUUCACUCUCGUGUCACUUUCCGCGUGAAUCUUGGCUCCGAAGAAAUGAUCAUUGAUUGGUAGAUUAUUGUCAUUACCAGGUUCCCGCCCUCCAACCUCGUCCCACCCUCGCUCGGCCAAGAGACCCACCUCAGGUAGCCGCAAAGCCGUAGCGUCUCCUGUACCGGGCAAAGGAGGAAAGAAGAGCUGCAAGGAGUCCAGUACCUCCCGGCCAGGAUCAUCGGUGAGUGAUCUGGUGCUCUUUUUGCUGUUUAGUGUUGUUGGCGGUGUUAUUCGUUUUUUUUAUAAGAUGAGUAUUCGUUAGGACUUUCCAUCCGUAUCGAAAACUCCGAGCUUUGUGUUAUUUGUUCCUUUCUCAGUUGCGAAAAAUUUUGACGAUUUAUUUUAAAAUGCAUUUGCCACCCUGCAGUCCAAAGCACUGUUUAAUUCUUUGUCUCCAAUGGAAUCAAGCUUAAAAUUCAAGAUAACUCAAAAGUUAGAGUCAUCCUACGCAACAGCAUCGUCACAGAAAAAGAAGUCUACUCCAUAGCUUUUAUUUGAAUGACAACAUUGUAGUUUUCAUCCACGGAAUCGCUGGUGCAACGGGAGAACAUAAUGUUCCACACCAGAUCAGUGGUUAAUACUUCACACCUUAGUGUUUAUACACAGACUGAAUAGUUAGAACUCUAUUGCACCUGUGGGACUGAAAGUUCGUUGUUUUCAUGUGACUUAAACUGGUCAAAAUGGGAACUUUGUAGUGAGGCUUUCAAAGAUUCUUUCAGUUAUGUCAAGACUUGCCCUUACUUUUUGAAACGUUUGUGGAAAUAGCUAACAUGGUCACACACUCCUCUUUCGCAGAAAGGUUCUCGUCCUCUACUGCACGAUGACUCAUUGGAUAAAGAAGACGAGGAACCCGAAGACACGGAGCCAGAAGUCAAGGUUAGUGUUAUUUGUAACCUCAGGACUGGGGUAGGGGAACAAUAUGCCAACUAAUAUGCCGGCCGAGCCGUGUUCAAAUCCUGGUAGUCUUGACUCCUGGCCAAUCUUGCAUUUAUGUUCCUCGUACUUUGAACAACUCAACAUCUUGGUGACAAAAACAAUAUGGCUUCUCUACAGAAACUAUAACGUGUUCUAAAACUUGCAGAGCGCAAAACUUCAACAAAAACUACUGUGGAGACAACUUUAAAACCAGUUGGGAAGAUUUCUUGUACAACUUCAAGGCUAUUACAGUCUUAACUGACCAGCCACAUUGCAAGGACAAUGAGCGGCAGUGUACCCCGUACACUGUUAUACUGAACUAUAACGUGUUAUACGACUGAAUGUAUUUAGCACGAAAGUGCUAACUGGGGACACUAUUUUCAUGUCGCCUACUGGAAACGAGACCGCAAUUUUACGUGGUCAUUCGAACCACGCGAAGGUCUGGCCGUGUGCAGGGAAUUACAGUCAAACCAGGUGAAGCGUUCCCGUCGCUAACGCACUAAUAAAUUCAUUAACGGAAAAAUGAUUUCGCUUGUUGAUUCAAUAAUCCAUUCAUAAAAUGAACAAUCCAAUAUUCAUUUUUAGCCUCGAUUCGAUAACCGAAUGUUGAUUCGACUACUGUUUUUUGAAAAACUACACUUUUUUCUUCUUUUUGUCCAAGAGUCGAGUGCGGGCGAGUUCUGAAGUUCAAACCCAAACAAACUGUUACAUGUUGCCACUUUGCUUCCAGUAAUCAGUGCAACGGACCUGACCUCUUAGAAAACACAAUAGUCAAACUGAGGUCAGUGUAUGUGCGAUGAUUGGUGGAUUUCGAUCCCCGGCCUUUGUCAGUUUCUUUGGGUUUGCAGUCUGUCUCUUCUAGCUGUUAUUUUGAUUAAAGGCAAUUAAAAACGCAAUCGUAAACGGCAGGAAAAGGGAAGCAAAUACGAUUGAACUCAACAGACAAGCUAGAAUAAAGAACAGGUAGAUUUUGUUCAUCAACCAAAUCAACAUUUAAUUAUUGAAUCUAGGUCCAAUUUUACUGUUGGAUUAUUCAUUUUAUGAAUGGAUUAUUGAAUCAACAAACGAAAUCAUUUUUCCAUUAAUGGAUUCAUUAGUUUGCUAGCGACAGGAACGCUUGACCUGGUUUGACUGUAAGGCAAUACCUUCAUUCCUCAGUUAUUUUAAGACCCUGAGUGUUGGUCCGGCCCCGGGAAUCGAAACCACGACCUCCCACUCUGCAGUCAAGGGCUCUAGUGACGGAGUUAAUCCUACUGCCCUUAGCUUACAAUCAAAGACUGUUAGCUGUCAGUCUGUCAGUGCUAAUGGGAAGUAAAUGUUUUUAUCACUUAAUUGUAGAUUCACAAGUACAUAAUUCAGGCGCAGGUCCUGCGAGACAGUUGGCCAUUGUCAAGAAGUUCCUGGGAUUUUGUAGCCAUGCUCAAGAAUCUGGAUCGACUUGACGUGGAGGGUAGGUUCUCGGCUUUGAUGUUAUAAUUUGGGGCCUUGCAAAUGUGAUGAAAGUUAUAGCAACUAGCUUGAAUUCCUAUUCACGAAUUGGACUAAAGAAGGACCGUUUUUUGUUUUUCUUAAUAAAUUUCCUCCACUCCUUCUUUUUUUCUCCAUAUGGUGAAUGAUGUCACAUCUUCCUUGUACAGAUCGGUAGAAGUGAACGCUUAAUGUUGUUCAUUGCAUCGCGGUGGUUAUUAUUACAUUUUUAGUGCAAAUAUUCGGACUCUUCGACUGCCGUAUUUGGCUUGUUUUCUUUACCUGUUGAACGUACAAUCUUUUGAAAGUUUUAGCUUUCUAUACUUUUUCAAGUCGUAAACUGAUGAACCGUUUUAGAUGUUAUGCUGCAGCUAGCUUACAGCUUUUUAACAAAUUCCUAACACUUUAUUUUUUACAAAGUAAGUCCUCUUAGUGAAGGUUGGAGGUAUUUUCUAAAAGUUUGCAUCUGUCGUUUAGUUCCCGCGGAGAAUGCACCUCGUGGAGACAAGCUGUCAGCUUCUGUGUCUAAAGGCAAGAAAAACAAAGAAGGCAAAGAGAGCAGAUCAAGCAAAGGACAAGCGGGUUCAAGACCUUCAUCACAGGUAACUUGCUGUUAGUAGGAAAUAGCGUCAUUGUACUGCAGGCGUUUUUAGAGGGUGGGAGAGCACUAUAAUUAGCUCGGGUUACGUGGUGCUCGUGUCAAAGAAGGGAGGGAACGAGAGGAGGGGUGGUAGACAGAUGAGAAAGUAUUUAUUCCCCCUUCCUCUCCCUUCCCCCCACUGUGUUCCUUUCUUCCUGUGUCGCACCUUUAAACUCGCCCUAAUCUUCCUCUGCUUUCAAAAUCAAAGAUAGUGACUACACACAAGAAAAUACUGAGCGCUGUUUCAGCAGGCUAAAUCGAGUACUAUUCAAGGUCUUUUCCUCGUUGGAGAGCGAAAGAGAAAACAGAGAAAAAUAGCGGAGAGAUUUGGUGUCGCAUUCUAGGGCAAACGACGAACAUAUUCAAUACUGCGAUAAGCAGCUUCACAGUAACUUAACUACAGUUUUUGAGUUUUACGAAGGUCUCUUUAGCUGAGGUUUGGCGGUACCUAAGUGUUAAUUAUUUACUUGACUUUCACAUCGUUUUUUCUUCAUACUACCUUCAGCAACAGUUCGACUCAAGCAAACCUAACUGGACUCUGAGGAUUGUUUCUGACGCGAACGGGGUAAGAUUAGUGUGCCAGGCAUUCGAGUAUUGCAGUUACAUUCUGAUUGCUCCGGAGUACUCUAAAUGAACUGUACUUUUAAAAGUGUGUUACACAUAGUGUGCCUAAUAUUAAAAAUCGAAAACCUGAGAAAAUACAAGGAGAAAGGCAGACACACGGAAAACUAGGCAAACAAAGUAACAGAUUGUUUUACACUGACGUGAAAGAAACAUAGGGUGAUUAGUAAAUAGUUUCAGUGCAUCUUUACAGUACUUUCUUACAAAACCAGAGGGACAUUUUUCUGUUGUCGUAGUUGAAACACAUCAAGGUUUUCCAGUUUCCAUGACAGUGCUUCUUAAAUGGAGUUGGUGUACAGUCAGUUAUUCUCAAAAUUUACUAACUUACAGUCGCCCAGCUUAACCUUCAACUCAUUUUUCGAUCUCCAGUUUUUUUGCGAUCGCAAACGAAUAGCGCAACGGGUUAUUCGGUGCGAACAUGAGUAAUUAUUUUCCGGUGUCGCCCUGAGACACUAGAGAACUUUAGAUUCGGGGACGACAUUUAAUUUUCAGUUUUCUCGCCUAUUCUCUAGAAAUAAACACCCCAGGAAGCUAUAUUGUACUAGUUUUUUCACCACAAAAGUUAGCACGUUUAUUUCCGUUGAAGGAGGCAAAACCUUCUCCCGAUCGCUAAAUGGUAAAAUUUCUAACAUUUGAUAACUUGUCUUUCUCGCUAAAACUCGUAGUAGACUGACGGCGGCUACCUUAUUUUCCCACCAAAAUGACGUUGGUUCGCGCCCACGCUUCUUAGUAUUGGGAAAAUCUCGUUCUAGUAGUCGUCGUCGUCUUAGAAGCUAAAGCCCCUCCUCCCAGUUAUAGAAGCUGAAGGGCUGGUUUGUCUUUUCUUGGAAUCACAUUCAUUGGUUACCUAUUUUGCUUCGUAGGACGAAAUCGAGGUCAAGAAGGACACGGAAAGACAGGACGAAAUAAAGGCUAUGAAGCAGGCAUGGGAAGCCGCUGAACCAGGACGAGCUGCAAAGGUAGAAAAAGUGUAACGUAACCCUUGUUAGGAGAUAUUCGUGAGCAUACAAACACAAUGUCGGUGAAAGAAAGUAAUAGGGACUUUAAGAUCCAACGACGCGACGGCGACAAGAACGUCGCUUAAAAAGUGAAUGUGCGUUCUUUCGGUCUUUAAAGCGAUUAUUCCUACCCACUUACUUUGUCAAUUGUCGGCGAACCCUCCUGAAGCUGAAUUUCAAGGGACCAAAUUCAAGCUCAGAAAGAGAAAUACAAUUUCGUCGUUGCUUGUUUACGUCCUCCAUAAAACGCGAAAUUAGGCACUUUCACGUCGUAGUCGUGCAAAAACGGGAAAGAAAUGUACAAAAAAGUGUGAUGCACGUGCGAAGUUGUUGAUGUGCUAAUUAAACCUAUUGUUUUUUUGACGUUCUCGUUGCCGUCCGCGUCGUUGGAUCUUAAAGUCCCUAAUGCAAUUUAACAACGUCUUGGAUACUUUGGAACACAUGUCUCUGCGCUGAGUCCUUUGCCAAAGUAUAAGCGCAGUUGGUUAGUGCGCGGCCCUCUAUGCGAGAGGUCCAAGUUCGUUUUCCUGGUGACCUCAGAUCGAAAGGGAAUAAACAUUAAAUUGAGAAUUUCUCAGAAUAGAAAAUGAACAGUCAAAAACAGCUCUUAUGGAUGAAAAAUUGCGUGAAACUACUAAUUUAGUUGUCGGAAUAAUGAACAGUAAACGACAAGUAAAGGGGAAACUUGGUCACGUGGUACAAAUUCGCGUUUGCCGUUUGACGUAAGCGUGAUGCUUAAGGUCUCGGUAAAGGAAAACGAGGUGCCCACAGAAAAAAAUUCUAGUCGCGCGAGUAUUUUCGUUACAAAGGCAAGUUAUAUAUCAAAUUAAAGCUAAAAGACUAAAUUACCUUAUGAAAGAUUUUAUUUCAUCGAAUUUCAAAAGGCGCUUAAGUUUUUUGCUCUCGAACUCAGAGGUAUCGAGUUUACUGCUGAAGCUCCAGCCCUUUCGCGUUGUUAAAUAUUCACUUCCUUUUUAUUGCAUCUGAUUGACAGAUAAAAGACCUAAAAAAGGGUGUGAGGAAAUUUGCAUAUGUCUCGUAUUAGCGGAAUUAUUGCAUUUCAAACUAAAAAGUCAAAUCUCGAGCGCGAUUUACGCAAAGAAACUGGCAUAAAAUGAGUUACAAAGGGAAAUCGGAAAAUUCCUCACACCCUUUUUGAGUCUAUAUCAUUAUCCAUCAUAUCUGAAAGUUUCAAAGCGAUAGCUUAAAACCUGUCCCGACUGGAGGUCGGAGAAUUUUGAUUUUUGCGUCUAAAAUAGAGUGAGAGAAAAUCAGCUCUAAAGAUUUAGCGCGAGGUCCACGCUUGGCUGGUUAGCUCAGAAAAGGCUCAUUUUAGAAGGGUUAAAAAGCACUUUCUGAUUUUCUUUUUCUUCCAAAAUAAAAUUUAGGACCCACUCAUGCCAAAAAUCCCAAAAAAACAAAAUCGAGCAAUGUACUAAAAUUUUCAUUUACCGAGACCUUAACCUCUAUUAAGUAGUUUGCACGAACGAAUAUUUAGCUGCUUAUUGGCUGAUCUGACUGGCGUUUUCUUUGGCGUUGGUGUCACAAACAUUACGGGGAAACUGCGGAAGAGGUGUCCCAAUAGUGAGCUUUCGAUUUUAAGACAAGGGCGACAACGAGGACAAGAUUUUCCCAAUACUAAGUAGUGCGCGCGCGCGUGAAUCAGCGUCAUUUUGGCGGGAAAACGCGAUAGCCGUCGUCAUUCUACCUCGAGUUUUAGUGAGAUUGUCAUAGCGGCGAAAACAAGUUAUCAAAUAUCAGAAGGUUUAUCAUUUUGCGAUCGGGAUUUUGCUGGGUUGCGAGGAAAAAGGUGGAUCACAGCUUGAAAGACUUCUCGAAAAUGGCCAUGGAGAUUAUUUGCCACUUCAAUAAAACUGCCAGUUUUAGCAUUUUUUUUUUGUUUGUUUGGUUUUUUGGUGUGGGGACUUAAUUUAUUUUCAGUUUCUUCAGGCGGGGGAUGCUUAAUAACUUUAUAGGGGGCUCCUCGUAGAAAAUUUAGAUUAAAUGAUGGAGGCAUUAUUUACAUCUAAGAUGCCAUUAUUUUUCAAUACUGACAAUUUGAAAAGCGUUAAAUCUAAAACAACACCUUAAAGUAAGUAAACUUACCACGGAGAAUAAGUGAAUUUAUCCUUUUUUUCCCAAGGCCCAGCAAAGCCGUCAAAAGUUUCUAAACGAACACAUGGUGAAGGUUGAAAAAGAUGCGAUUGAAGAAGAAAACGGCGACGAAGAUCAGCACGAAGAGAAAGAGGCACCUUCCAGCGAAAUAUGUAAGAAACUUACAUAUUUAUGUGCGAGUCCUGCUGAUGCGUGUGCGCUAGUUUUAGCAGGAUACAAGAAAGCAAAGUUACACAUCCACCUUAUUCAACUAACUAAUCACAUGCUUCCCACUGUCCUACUGUAGUACAAAUUUUUACGCACCCCACUUCCGUUUACACGUAAAAAAAACUCUUUAACAUUUACCUUGUUAGGGCUUCCUCCGUUGGGUCACCAAAUCGUCACAGAACUGCGAUUCAGUUACCAUAAAUUUAGCCUGAGAAACCAGCCGACACUUCGUGACGCCACCAGUGAUUUCCCCAUACUGAUGACGAGUCACUGUCCAGAUCUUGAUAGUGUUUCUGAUUGGUCGUGCCAAGAGGGAAAUUUGCUUCAGCCAAUCAGUAGCACUACCCAGAUCAGGGUAGUGAUACGUCAUCAGUAUGGAAUUUCUGUAGUAGUCCCUCAGACGUUAUUUCACUUUGAAACCAAUGGUGGUGUCCCAAAAUAUCGGCUGUUUUCUCUGGGUACUAUAAACUGACAGAAGAAUCAAGUGCUCUUGGAGACCGUAUAAGUAACCUGAAGCCUGCUGAAGCCAAAUUUUAAAUUAGGAAUCCUUUACUCACCUUAUUUUACACAUUAUUUGUUGUUGUUACUCUACAGUGACAGUAACGUCACCAGUGCAAUCAGAGGCAGACCAGGGCGAAUUGACACUAGUAGCACCUCCUAAGGAACCGGAUCAGAUACUACAGCCUCUUUCCCCGCCUAAGACCAUCAGGUUAGAUAGACUAUCACUACAAGCACCCAACAUCUCCCUGGUCUGAAACAUUUACUUCCAAAACUGAGGGCCCAAAAAGCAAAAUUAAAUUGAUUGUACUGCUGAAGAGGUUUUACAUGAGUGGUCACGCCAUAAGAUUUCAUCUGAAGCCUUAAAAGUUGGAACUACAAACUAAAUAAAUGCAUUUAGUAACAUUUGAAUGUACUGCUGAAGAGUUUUCAUUUGAAUGGUAAACACCGUAGGAUUUCAUCCACAGACUCGAAUGUUUUUACUACAAUUGUGUGUUAUUCCAAUGAUUGUCAAUAAAUUUUUUUGGAUUAGUUGUACAGUUCAUGCAAACUGAGAACAUUAUCGUGCAUAAAGACAAAUUCUUUUGUUUAUUUAUAGUAAUGCGGGAUGUCUUAUAUAGGAGAAAGUAGUUUGCUAAGCAUUGUGAUCUCACCCUGUUUGCCUUGUUUUCAGGUCGCGAGGUGGUGUCCCUGUGCUGCUAGACGAGGAAGAAAAGGAGAGACGCCUUCAGGAACGUGCUUCCUCGGCGCGUGCGUUUAAAGCUAUGCGAGAAGAGAUGGUGGAAAAAAAGAGAGAGCAGGACAGACUGGACAGGAAUGCAGCCAAGGAGAGGCAGUUACAAGAAGCUGAAGAACUGCAGGUACACUGGACCCAAACAUGGCCCGGCGCUCUCCUUGCUUUGUCUUUCGUUACCAAGUUAGAAAAUAUUUAACUUAGACGAAACGUGAUUCAGACCCGUCAAAAUAAGACUCGAUGUUCUCUUGGAGUAUAUCUAACUUGUAAAUUACGCAGCUGCAUUACAUGUAUUUUUUUUUUUGUGCGUUGUAAAUUCGCUGCUUUAGAUUACAACAUAACAAGCAUAAAGCGCAUUAACUAAUUGCCCGUGGGUGAAUGGUGACGAAAGCUAGCGUGCGCUCAAAGCCAUACGGCGCCACUUUUUAUGCGAUUAUAUUUUUUUACCUCAUGGUUUGCAAAAAUGUUUCUCUUAUUACUGAAAGAAAGUUUUAAAAGACCGUUGACGAUAACAUAAAAUUCUAUAUAUAAAGGGGGUAAGGACUUAUAUAUCUUACCACGCGCGAGAAGGGCAAAGAAAACGUAGAGAGUCAUCAAAGUAAGAAUGGAAAACUGAAAAUUUCCUUUUCUUUUUCCCUCUCCUAGGCCGCUUUAGACAAGGCGCGGAGUGAAGUGAACCAGAGACGAGAAGCAUACAGACAGAAAUUCCUGGAAGCUGAAAAGCUGAAAGAAGAAGCACAAGCGGCAGAGGCAGCUAAGGAAAGAGAAAGAUCACCAUCACCGAGCAAAAGCCGAAAGAGUGCUUCUACAGCCAAGGGAGGAAGAAAGACACCUUCCAAGGGAAAGAAAAAGUGAUUUACUUCCCCGCACAGCCUACAAAUUUAAUUUCUUUUUCAAAGUCAAAUGUUUAUUUCGUAAAGCAUUCAGCAGCAAAAAGCGCAAUUUAGCGCUUCUGCUCAAAGGCUUUCAAUUAAAAAUUUUCAGUUGCGACAGACAAUCUUUGGACUCAAACAUUGACUUAAAGGGCAAAAAUAUCCAUGUACUUAUAGAUCAUACCUACAGAAUAGAUGCCAACCAGUUGGCUUAAUUAACUAUGUAUUUUUACCCUCUCCGUGCCUGAUAAUCUGAAAAUUUUCUUCGUGCCGCAAUGGUUAUUUUUAUACAGAAUUGAUAUCUAAGUUAUUUGUACAGACAUCACAAAAUAUAGCAUUGUAAUUAGUCCUUUAGCUCUUGUCAAAUUAAACACGUUUUAUUCAAAGG